AAGCCGCUCAGAGCUGCAGGGAGCCGCCUGGCGGAGGUCGGUCCCGGCCGUGUGAGGCGCCAUGGAGCCCCGGGACGUGUGCGGGGGAGAGGAGGCCCUGCCGGUGCCGGUGUGCGGGGCAUGGGAGCGGCUGGAGGCCUUUCAGUACACGGCUGAGCUCGUUGCUGGUCCCGGCGCAGAGUUGGACCCAAGUGAAGUCACCGUCCACGGCUGUGAGUGCCAGGGGCCACACUGCUCGCCGGGGGCCUGUGCCUGCCUGCCACACGGGGAGACUUACCUCCACCGCCGGUUACACAGCGGCCAGAAGCCCAUCCUGGAAUGUAACGUCUUGUGUCGCUGCGCCGAGUCCUGCCACAACCGAGAAACGCAGCAAGGACUGCAGUUCCAGCUCCAGGUGCGUCAGGUGCCCAGGAAGGGUUGGGGUCUUCUCACCCAAGAGAACAUACCCAGUGGGCGCUUUGUUUGCGAGUACGCGGGCGAGGUCCUGGGUCCGGAAGAAGCGAGUCGCAGGAUACGGGCGCAGGACCCCGAAGCCAAUAACUACAUCAUCGCAGUACGGGAGCACCUUCACAGCGGGCACCUCCUGGAGACGUUCGUGGACCCCACCUACAUAGGCAAUAUAGGAAGGUUUCUGAAUCAUUCAUGCCAGCCUAACCUAGUGAUGGUGCCAGUCCGUACCCACUCCAUGGUGCCCAGGCUGGCGUUAUUUGCUGCCCGGGAUAUACAGGCCGGGGAGGAGUUAUGCUACGAUUACUCAGGAAUGGCUUUUAAUUUUACCCCCAACAGCGAGAUGAGAAGUGGGCACAGCCCAGGCAAGGAAAGGGGCAGAAGCCAGCGCAAGAAGUGUCUGUGUGGCACUGCCCCCUGUUCUGGGUACCUGCCCUUUGAUGCCACGCUCUAUAAAACAGAGACAGAAACGGCCCCUGAUCAGACUCAUCUGGUGCCCACUGGGCCGACCUAAGCCACGUCUGCCAGCCACGCAUCUGAAAUAUCUGUGUUUGGGGGCAACUCCAGAUACAACCCAAUGUCUGAAGGAUUCUGCUCGUAUGCAAUCAUAUAACAAUCCAGGGGUUUAUUCAUCUCCUCUGCCAGGCGGGUAACCCCCAUUCAUGUCAAUGCACCACCAUCUAGUUCCAGGUGGGGCCCCCAGCAGUUGGGCCCCUGAUGAUCAGAGAAGUCAGGCAAUGUGCAAGCAUCGGCUUCAGCGAGUAAAGAGGCUCCUGAGAACGUGGCGGCCACAAAGGAUUUACUGAAAUUAAAAAUAAAAUAAAAAUGUUACAAAUUUGUAGCAGAAAAAGUAACAAAAGCUGUUAAAAAAAAAAGUAAAUAUUUGAUGUUUCUUUUUUGUAAUCUGUACUGUUUCCACAUAUUGCGACGGAUCUUAAUAAUGUUGGGGGGGGGGUUGGAUAAAUCCUUGCACCCCUCCCCCAGCACACAGGCGUCACACUCUCUAUAGGCUCCUGUCGCGCAGUGAACGUCUCUUCCUCG